AGUUACAUUCUGUUCAUCGUGCUAUGUAGUUGGGCUUGACUCUUGUUCCGUGGUUUUAAAAAUUUUUUUUUCUUCCGAAUAAAAGCAAUAAAAGCAAAUAACUAAGUUGGUUAAUCGAAUUUUAUUUUUGCGAUUAAAAUACUCAAAUAAAUUUUUCAUACAUUUAAUAUUUUUCUAUUGCGUUGUCUUGGGAACUAGAACAGUAUCACAUAUUACCAUUUACCAAUCAUUCGAAGUAAGUGAUUUUAUUUUAAUUGUGAUUUAUAACGUAUCAGUUAUUGAAAUUAAUUUUACAUUUAUUUUUCUAUGAUAAAAUUCUUGAAUAAAUCAAUUGGAUUUUCAAUUUCGAUUACUAUAAAUAGAGAAAGUGUGAGAGAGAGAGAAAAAUAAAUUUACUUAUUGGCACCAGCAUUGUUAUAGAGAAUCAUCUAAAAUAACGUCUGCAGGUUUGUAACACAUUUGAACAUCGAUAACAAUUUACCAAUAAAUAAGGAAGUUGUAUACACUUGAUAUUCAUUUUGUUCAUGUAAAUACCAUAAAAAAUCAAUCAUGAUUAUCAAUUAUCCUUCUGACGAUGUUAAAAUAACUGCUAACAAACAACUUGCAAAAAAAAAAACAUUUAAAGAUAAAUUUGAAGUGGCAUGGAAUUCUUCAGCUCCAUAUAUUGAAAUAAAUCGUGAUAAACUUAACAAAACGGUCGGCCACUCAAUGCUCUGGAGAGAAAUUGGUAACAAAGAAUAUACUACUGCAAAAAAUAAAGAUUAUUUACGCAAAUCCAUUGAAGCAUACACAAAGAGUAUUGCUUUUGCACCACUUGGAUCCAGUGAAUUGUCAUUGGCUUAUGCAAAUCGUUCAGCUGUAUUAUUCAAAGCAAGACUCUAUGAAGAUUGUCUUCUUGACAUUGAACGUUCAUUAAAAGCAGGCUAUCCGGAUAAAUUAAAAACAAAAUUAUUUUUACGUCAAUCAUUGUGUUUCAAGGCUCUGAAACCAAACUCAGGACUUGAACCAGGUAUUUCAAUGGCUAAUGCAAUACAAUGGCUUCCUAAUUUAAAAAAAUAUAAUCCAAAAUACAACAUCAUCAAAGAGUAUCCAAAGAUGAUUAAUGAACUUAAAGAACCACGUGAAAUUAUUAAAUUUAUACCAGAAAUAAAAAAUGAUAAUACAAUAAUAGUUGGUGCAUCUGAUGCAAUUGAAUUGAAAAAAACAAAUGAAAAUAACCAACAUGUUGUUGCAACAAGAGACAUCAAAACUGGUGAAUUUAUUUACAUUUCUGAGCCAUUUGCAGUAAUUGGUUGCUAUAAAUUUCGUUUUACAAAUUGUUGGCAUUGUUGUCGCCCAACUUGGGCUGGUAUUCCAUGUGAUAAUUGUCCAAACACCAUAUAUUGCUCUGUCAUAUGUAAAAAAAAAGCAUGGGAUAGUUACCAUAAUAUUGAAUGUUUAAUAUUAGAACAACUUUUAGAACUUUACGAAAAAAAUCGAAUAAAUUUCCUAGUAGUAAAUUUUUUUUUAAAAAUACUAAACUCAGCUGGGGGUUUACUUGAAUUAAAAAAAAGAAUUGAUAAUAUUGACUCAAUAAAAAAUUUAUUAUGCAAAGAAUUUAUAUUUACCAAUGGUAUUCUUGACGUUAAUACUAUUGAUAAUUUUCAUCUUCUUGAUUAUUAUGAACCAACACCAGAUGAGUGUAUUUUUGAAGUUGCAUUAGUUGCGGUAUUGUUUGUAAAACUCUUGGAUCAAAAAACAGAUAUAUUAGGUAAAAAAACACCAUCGAAAGACUUGAUUCAAAAUAAAAAUGAAAAAAUAUUAAUUUCGGGAGAAAUAUUUUUGCGUUAUAUCAUGAUUGCAUAUCGUAAUAGUCAAUCGUUUGUAGAAACAGCACCUGGUUGUGUCGUUGUGUGGUCAGCUGCCAUAAUACCAUUUUAUAAGAUAUUAAAAAAUAGUUGUGAUCCUAAUGUCGAUUUUACUCACGUGGGUUCAAAUGUUGGAUAUUAUGCUUGCAAACCAAUCAAGCAAGGAGAACCGAUACAAAUUAGUUCUUCUCGUGCUACAGGUUCAUAUCAUUUAAUUCCAAAAAUCGACCGAUAUAAACGAUUAGGAUGCUCUGCUGAUAAUCCUCAACCAUGUAAAUGUACAGCAUGUCUUGGGAAUUGGUCAAUUGUAACGUUUCUCCCAUCCUACAAGAGUAUGAUACUGCCGACAAGAAUCAAGGAAGAAUUGAACUUUAUGAGGAUGAGAUUAGCAGUGUGGCAAAAGCUCAUCUGCCAUGGAGAUUCUAAACAAUUACUAACAAUUAAGGAUGAUUUGAAUAGAAUGAAUGACAUGUUUUAUCAAUAUAUCACUGUUCCUUGUAGAGAAAUAUCAGAGUUGCAUUUAUCACUGAAAGCAUUUUAUAGUCGACUACAUACUAUCCAUGAUACUUACGAGUAAUUAUUUUUUAAAAAAAAAAAAAACAAGACACUGAAUAAUCAGAAAAAAAAAUAAACAAUUAAAAUUAUUACAAGUCAAAUUUUUGUUGGAGUAAAAAAAGAUAUCUUUAAUGAUUUGAAUUAUUGAAAAAAAUUUUAAUAACUUUUAUAUGGUUAAAGGAUUUUUUUUUUUAAUUCGAAAAUUUAUUAUUUAGAUUUAACGGGUUUAUAGGAUUCUUGAUAUUUUUUUUCUUUUUAUAAUCUAUAAUUUCUUUGUAUGGUAUUCAUAAAAAAUAUAAAAAUGUUUAAUAAAUAAUUAGCAGUUGUUUUUUUUUUUUGCACUAUACAAAAUUUGAUAAAUAAUUUUUUUACUAAUUAAAAUAAUAUAUUAUUAUUAUUCUUUAUUCAACAAAUUGUAUACAUUUGGUACAUAUAUUAUCGUGCUAAUUAAAAUAAUAUACUUACUUGCCAUUAGUUUUUAAAUAUUAAAUUCAUCGUUAUAAUUUAUUUAUUUUUUAUUCUUGAUAUUUUUAUUUUAUUAAUAAAUAUCAAUGACUAAUUAUUA